CCAACUUUCCCUUUAUUCGAACCUCCGUCGCGAAAUUUUCUCACUACGCCGCUGCCGCUGCCGCCCUGCCGUUGCUGCCGAGAUUGCUUUCCAUCGGUGCUCUUCGCUCACCUUAUCCGGCUAGUUCUUCUUCUUUACCAGAAAAGGAAUUUGAACCCUGAUUUUCAAGUUGUCACUCCAGCUCGCCUUCCCGUUAGAGUUGGUGCCACUCUUUUUUGAAAAGGUACUGAUGAUGAUCGGCCUCAAUCACAAUAUAAUCGAGCCCCUGCAAGAAGUAUUAUAGGUGGAAACAGACGGUUUAAUAUAAGUUCAGCCCCAUACCAAAGGAUGUAUGUUGAUAUGGAAGUCGAAAUUCACAACCUUGAGCAGGAUGCAUAUGGUGCAAUCCUUCGAGCGUUCAAAGCACAGUCUGAUGCUCUUACAUGGGAAAAGGAAAGCUUGAUAACAGAACUCAGGAAAGAGCUGAGAGUGUCAGAUGAUGAGCACAGAGACCUACUGACCAAGGUGAAUGCCGAUAACCGUAUUCAUAGUAUCAGGGAGUGGAGAAAGACCAAUGGAAACCAACCUAUUCAUGAUCAACUCCCCAGUCCAACAGUUUCUGGGUCAAGAAAGAGGGCAAAGUCACAAUCUGUGAUAAUGCCACUUGGUGCCCCGUUGGAGUCCUUGCACCAUCAGACAAUUGCAGCAAACACGCAACCUACUACUCCAGGUGCAAAAUGGGGAGCAGCACCAGGAAAUGGAGGAUUUAGGUCUAGACCUGGCCAGCAAGUGUUCUCUUCAAGGCCUGUUCAUUAUCAGCAGGCUGGUCCUGGUUCUUCAAGUGUUCUUCGUUCUGGUGAACUUGCUGAAAGACCGCGCGACCCCUUGAUUGGGAGAAGAGUGAUGACUAGGUGGCCAGAUGACAACAACUUCUACGAGGCCAUUAUAACUGACUACAGCGCUGUUGAUGGUCGGCAUGCUUUGGUGUAUGAUAUGAAUACACCAAAUGAAACUUGGGAAUGGGUUGAUCUCAAAGAGAUUCGCUCCAUGGACAUUCGUUGGAUAGGUGAUGAUCCUGGAAUAUCUCGAGGAAAUGGUGGGCCAGGCUAUGGAGGAGUUAAUACUCUAAGUGCUGGAAGAGGGAGGAGAUUUGCUAGGCAACAAUUUGAGAAUGAUGUCAAUGCAUCAGAGAAUAGAAUCGUACAGAAGGCAUCAGAUGAAAUUGAGAUUCUGCACACAGCAACACUGAUAAAGAAGGUUGAGAAGGUUGUUGAUGCAAGUCACCCUGAUCUGGCUGAGCUUGCAAAGGCAAAGAAAAUGCUCAAGGAACAGGAACAAGCUUUAAUUGAUGUGAUUGCCAAGCUCACCGAUGUUUGUGAGAGUGGAAGUGGUGAGGAACCACCAUUCUUGCGUAAGAAUGAUCCGCUGGGGAGCAAUCAUGAUGGUGCUGAUAUGGAGCCUGAGAUGAGGGCAAGAGGUCAAGGCGCACCGGAAAAUCAUCCGGAUGAGGAUGUCAUUGUUAUUUAGUUUCUUCCCUUUUUAUAAUCAUCAUUUGUAGGCAAAUACAUUUUGUCUAAUUAGAUUCUGAAGCUUAGCUGCCAAACAUCGUAUUUCAGUUCAAUGGAUGAUUGUGCUAACUUUGCUGUCGCAUGAGUUGUGCAAGACAAUUUCUUUGUAUGUAAUGUUAUUACUCUUUAGUUGUGAUGCUACAACCCCUAAAUAAAGCUGCUUCAGUUUGGCAAUA